AUGGUAUUCCGGGGCAAACCAUCCCCUGGAUGCGGGCCCUGCCGCCAACGGCGGAUCAAGUGCGACCUGGGCAUUCCUUCAUGCACGCAAUGCCUUAAAGUGCAAAAUAAAUGCUAUGGAUAUCGCGAUCGACUGGAUCUGAUGUUCCUUCACCAAACCGACAAUGUCACCCCAAAAGCGAACCCGUGUUCUUCAUCUGGGUCAAAAUCAAGAUAUUCCAAGUCAUAUUCAGGAAAAAGCGAAGAGUGGAACAAUGCGACCGGCCAUGGCGACAUCAUGACACCACCACAGAUGCAGCAACUGGUAGAGCCUCUCACUUCCAGGGCCAUCAAUCUGUUCAUGUUUGCAUUUUCUGGUGGUGUCUACCUCGAAUACCUUCCUGCUAUCUAUGGAUAUCAUGAAAGACCCGCUUCUCUACAGACGUCACUUGAAGCAGUGGCGCUCGCAUACUUGGCCAAGGUGCAAGGUCGAACGGAUCUGAGACAGAUGGCACUAAAAACCUAUGGCAUAGCUUUGACGCUCACAAAUCUUGCUGUGCGAAGCCUCGCCGCGACAGAGCAGCUUGAGACGGCGACGUCUGUCCUGCUUCUUGCAUUAUUUGCUGUCAUACUACCCAGAUCUUCGACCGAAGCCCGGGAUACUUGGUCAAAGCAUGUGCAAGGCGCUUUGGCCGUCCUAGCAUCUUGCAAUACACCGGAAAUUUUCGACAGCUUAUCCGGUCAGAGCAUUCUUCAUCACGUUAUUUCAACCACUCAGAUAGACUCGAUCAACCGGUGCAAGCCACUGCCACCUCAGCUGCAGUGUCUCUUUUCUGUAUCCUGGCUUAGCUGUGGGCCACAGGUCCAGCUCUGGUCUCUUAUUGACCGUAUUUCCAUGCUCAAUGCUUCAUUUAGCCCCACCAGCAUCAGUCUUUCCUAUCUGUCAGAUAUACAGUUUGUGGAUGAUGAAAUCGAGAAUCUUUUAAGAACUAUGCCGCAAGCCUACCAGAGCUGCUUUGAGUUCGAAGAAGAUGAAUCCGAGGCUAUUCAACUUCCCGUCAAAGGGGGAGUGAAACGAAUCCCUUUUCAAAUAUUCAAGAGCCAUCGUCUGGCUCAAACUUGGAAUACGCUUCGGAUUCUCCGCUUAUUCAACACAGAAUUACUUGCAUCCGCUGCAUCAGCUUAUCUGUCAAGUGUCACAAACGAUAUAGCCGCCCAGGCAUCUCUUGUGCGCUUGCUGGAACGUGCAACGGAAGUUGCAACAAGAACGUCGCUCGAUAUCUGUGCAACGGUCCCAGAGCCUUUGCGACCACGUUCAAUUCUGAAAAACAAUCCGAUGGGCAUUCCGACCGAUGACUCUGCCUGGGCGCGUUCUCUUGUUUGGCCUUUGAGUCUGGCGAAGGCCUCAGCGCAUCACUCAGACGUUUUGCGGGACUACAUUGAAAAGCAAUUGCAAAUACUAAUUAGUGUCCCUGGCAUGUGUGAGUUGUAUAUGGACACACCUACCGACUCCUUUUCCGUUAUCAACUGGUAA